AUGAUGUCCCGCAAAGAGAUCAACCUAAUGGUUCUCGAGAAUGUUCCUCUUAAGAAAGGUCGUCGCUAUGGUAUCGGUCGUACCUCGCAGGACAUGGUACGGAUGAAGAUGGAGUUUGAUGAAGAGCAGAGAAAACAUCAAGAGAUGAUGACGGAGCUUGAUCAAGAUCCGACAAUACGCCAAGCUUCAUAA